GCACGUAUGUAUGUACACACUGAAUUUCGAUCAGAAGGAAAAUGUAUGCUUCCGCGCUCUCACUGUUAAAAAUAUAAACAAAGGGCAAAGAAAACAGCGUACAUACAAAAGACGAUACUGAAUUUGAAUACGCAUAUCGGAUGGUGAUUCCCUGUACACAUGUACAUAAGCACAUUAGUAAGUAGAGUAGCAAAUGCUAUACGCAGUAGCGUUAACAAUUAAAUCGAACAACACGAACCUCAAAAAGCAAAAUAUUCAAAACCGAAACUUUAACGAAAACGGCACGAAUGCAGGGGGUUAUUUUUGGGAUACGCUUUUCGAAAUAACAACAAAAACCGAAACAACUAUGAAAGCAUCAUACAACAAUCGUUAGUAGCCACCUAGCGGACGCAAAGUAGCAAACCGUCGUUCGGUCCAUCGGUCGAUAUGCAUGUAGAUAUGAGCUAACCAUCAUAGUAGCGGCACAAAAACAAAAAUAAACUGCCUACAACAACCAUAAGGAAGUGGGGAAUAAAAACAGAAAUCAAAAAAUUCUAAAUAGCAUGAAAUAAACGAAUGAAUGAAACAACAAAAGUCAGAGAAUACAGAGACGGUAGAAGAAGAAGCAGCAGCAGCAACAACGGCAACCGUUUCGUUGUAGCGGUAUUUGACGAGUUUAGCGAACGCGAUGAUCGUAGUGUUGGUUGGUAAUCGUAGACGUAAUGUUGGGUGGGAUCGACGGUAAAUUAACCAAAUAUAAAUAUAUUACUUAAAUAAGAAUCAAAAAAAAGAAAAAAAAAAAUACGUGCAAAGUAAAAGAAAAUAAGUACAUAUAGUAUCGGUGGAGCGGUGGAGCGGUGGCGCUUGUAUUUCGAUCUAAAAGCAAUAACAUAAAAACGGAUACAGUGAAGGAGAGUUUGAAGCUGCAGCGGAGAGAGAGAGAGAGAGAUAUUGUAGAACAAGAUCUCUUGACAACGAGGAAAUAGUACACAAUUAUGGACUCAAAAUCUCCAACAACGCCGGUCAACAAUGGCAAUGGAAGUGUCAACAACCACAACAAUAACAACAACAAUAGCAACUACCACCAUCAUCGUGCGCCACGCACUCCCGAAAGUUAUUUCAAUGUGCCCGAAUCGAUCGCGCUGCUGAAUAUCGUCAAAUCGGAGCGCAUUCAAAGCGCUUUCCAAUCGAAUCGCAAGAAUCACGCCAGCGUGUGGGAGAUGGUUGCCGAAGUGCUAAAUCGAUUCAGCGCGCGUAAACGUUCCGCCAAACAGUGUUGCAAUCGUUACGAAAAUUUGAAAAAGAUCUACACACAAUUGAAGAAGAAUCCUGAACGGCAUGUGCGUCGCAAUUGGCCUUACAUGUUUCUGUUCAAGGAGAUCGAGGAGCAGCGCGGUGAAUGUUGGGGUUCGGCGAAUGGCAAACGACUAGCGUUGAUAGCAAAAAGUCACAAAGAGCUCUCAUACUAUCAGCGCCGGCGGCAGGCCGCUGAGUUGGGUGUGGCGUAUCUGGGCAAAGAUGCGGCUGCUGUGAUGCAACACAGUUUGCUACAGAGCCUCUCCACAGAUUCGAGUAGCAAUAAUAGCAAAAUGGAACGUUUUCUGCCCAAUCACUUUGUGGAAGCGCAACUAGGUGACGGACUCGGUGGCGGGAUGAGCAUGUACGACGAUGGCGCGCCAUUGAAUUUGCCACAAAGCGCAAGCGCGGCAGCGGCAGCAGCCGUUGCGGCGGCGGCAAUGAAUGUUGUCAUGCAAAAGGAACAGGAACUGCGCGAAAAUGGACUGAGUGGCGUAGGCAGCAGCGUUGGUGGUAUGGAAAAUGGUAAUGAAGAUGCAAAACAACACCGCGCGAACGAGAUAAAUGGGCCGCUGACGCUGAAUGGUGGUGCGGAUGUGCCAAAUGGUAGAAUUGGAAGUGUAGCAAAUGGUGGUGCUAUAGGCACUAUGCUAGCGCCACAUCCCGACAAUGGCAUUAAAGAUGUGCUGCGACCGCACUAUGAGAAAGACUGUAAUGGUGGAGGGGCAUUGAGUUUGCCCAAUGGCGACAAUAAUAUCUCAAUGAAGUCCGAGCCAAUGUCUGAAGGAGAAUUCAAUCCAGAUGAUAUACAAUUAAUGCAGACCAACUACAAUGGCUCCCAAAACUACUAUCCACACAACAUUGAUACCAACAUUCUGCACCCGGAUGUCAUUGUCGACACCGAUAACAUUUCCGAUUGCAGCAGCGUCUUAGCUGGUGAUGGCAUUGGCGGCUCGGCGAAGAGCAAACGCAAACUGUCCACAUCCACCGAUGGCGGUGAUAGUACAAAUUACGAAUUGAUCGAGUACUUAAAGCGGCGCGAGAAGCGCGAUGAGGAAUUACUGCGACGUAUGGAUGCGCGCGAGGAGCGACUAUUGGCGUUGCUCGAACGCACAGUUGUCGCUAUUGAGACGUUGGCUGGCAAGAAGCCGGUGGAAAGUAAAGAGUAAAAAGCAUUGAUAACCUCAGUGGAAAAAAUGCGCUAUGGCAACAACAACAAAACCCUCAGUCAUUUAGUGAAUUAAGCCAACUAUAAGUAGUUUUAGGUAAAUAAGGCCAAAGGUUACUCACUUUGCAGAGCCAAAGAACAAAUUCGAGGAGAUUUUCACUUUUAAUCAUAUAAUAUAUUCGAUAAGUUUUUUAUUUAUACAUAUACAUACAAAUGUUUGUGCUUAAUAAUUUAGUAAGUGUAGAAGUAAGGAUGUGGAUGUUAUUUGAAAUUACUCAAUUACCAAAAAU